GAGCCGUCGCCACUGCCUUCUCUAGCGCCAUCGCCUGGUUUUUUCCCAUCCGAACGUUCCGAUCCCACACAGCCACUGCGACACGAUGCUGUCACGGUUACCACUAAUGCAGAGGGAGGGGCAAAACCCAGCACGGUAUUUGAUUCGAGGUUCACGGUUGAUGGCGGUGUGCAGCUGUUGAGACAAACUAAAAUUGACGAUGAUCUUAUCAAAGUGCAAUCGUUCGAGCCAGGCAGUCCAAAGCCAUCUCGUCAACUCGUCGUGGAAGAAAGGAACAAUGCGCUAAGCCGGCCAACUACGGUGCAUAUCUCGGAAUCAGGCGCUGUGGUAACAACAAACAGUGCUUUAUCGAACGAAAAGACAGUUGAAGUGAGCGCGGGUGCCGAUUUAGUGCGACCAGCUGUGGAACAUGAGGCUGAUUUUGUUUGUACAUUGAAAGUUUCGGACAAACAGCAGUUGAGACUCAAGAUUAUUGGAAGAGAAGAUAACAUGGAACGUGCGGAGGCAAUGACAAGACCAGUGGCCGGAAGAUUUUCUAGUUCCGAACAACCCAAUGAUCAUGCCCAGCAACAGCUAGCAGCAAAAAUGCCAAAGAAAAUCAAGGAUUCGGCGGCCUAUAAAUCAUUCGAUUCACUUUUACAGGCGGGUAGCGGUGAAUUUGCUGGAACAGCGCAGACUUCACAGUCGUUGCUUAACAUCGCUGGGAAAGGAGCAGUUAGUGAGGCUCGUUCACGCCAUGUAAUACCAAUUGGUGAUAGCAUUAUUGGCAAUGCUGCUGCUACUGCUGCUGCUGCUGUUGCUGUUGGAGUGCGUCAUCCUGCAGCUGAUAAACGUCCACUGGGUGUCUCAUUAUCAACAGAAUUUAUGCAUGAACAAGGAACAGGAAAAAAAUUACCGCAUGCAGUAUCAAAUAUUAUUGGAAGAGAAGAUAACAUGGAACGCGUGGAGCCAAUGACAAGAGCAGUGGCCGGAAGAUUUUCUAGUUCCGAACAACCCAAUGAUCUUGCCCAGCAACAGCUAGCUGCUAAAAUGCCAAAGAAAAUCAAGGAUGCGGCAGCCUAUAAAUCAUUCGAUUCACUUUUACAGGCGGGUAGCGGUGAAUUUGCUGGGACAGCGCAAACUUCACAGUCGUUGCUUAACAUCGCUGGAAAGGGAACAGUUAGUGAGGCUCGUUCACGCCAUGUAAUACCAAUUGGUGAUAGCAUUAUUGGCAAUGCUGCUGUUGCUGUUGGAGUGCGUCAUCCUGCAGCUGAUAAACGUCCACUGGGUGUCUCAUUAUCAACAGAAUUUAUGCAUGAACAAGGAACAGGAAAAAAAUUACCGCAUGCAGUAUCAAAUACAGCAUUUAAAGUGAUGUACCCCACCGGAAUGAUACGAAACGCGGAAAUUAAUAGUCAUGCACAACGAAUAGCCACUGAUGCUACUACUGGUGGUGGUGCCAGAGGAAGAGACGAUCAUCGUGGUGGAGCAAAGAAAACGGUUGUUGAAGUCCGACGGCCAUCAUCCUAUCCAGAAACUACUGCAGUACAGAGUAGUGGCGGCCCUACAAUUGUUAAGCCAUCGCUGAGAAAUGAGGAAGUAAGUUCUGAAGUACAAGCACCUGGUACAAAUGCCAUAUCAGCUCGACCGCUUCCAUCACCGCCACUAUCGCCGAAAUCGUUUUCACGAUAUAGUGCCGUAGUGGCCGCACAAGCUAUUGAAAAUAGUCGAAGACAGGAACCAGCCUGGAGUAGAGCGGGAGCACUGGAACGAAAUCGGAGGCAGUUUGCACCUGAGCAGGAACAACGAUCGGAUCAGGGUAAUGUUAUGUGGGCUCGAAAAGGAUUGGAGCAAAGAAAAGAGAAAGCGGGAAACCAGAACGGUGUUGUCCCGGAACAGGAAUACAAUUAUUUUGGUACAGCAUCUUCAAGCUCAUCGGAUUCCAGUAAAAAGGUGCAGCGACGAAGCUAUGAAUCCAGCUUCUCCAGCCAUGGAAGUCCGAGUUUCAUAGCAGCAGUUACUGGUGGCAGUAGCAGUGCUGCAGUAUCUCAAGCAGUGGCAGCCGCCCCUGCGACAUCCCGAAUAGCGACGAAUACGGCACCACCACCGGAACCACCUGUGGACUAUUAUGAAAGUAAUGUGAGUGGCAGUACGGAUGACCGACCGCAGGCGAUGACCUCCACAUCGCAUCAAGUUUUUGGCGUGAAGCAAGAUUAUGAAUUACGGAAGCAGCAAUUGCAUGAACUACGACGCCUACAACGUGAAGAAGCACGUCAGCUGCGUGAACUGAAUGCAAAGGCUGAAGCGUCGCGAAGUGAUCAAGCAAAACGAUUCGCAGCUGAGAAAGAGGUCUUUUUUUUUCCCUCGGUGCCUCAGCUGAGAUUGCUCAAAUUGGCUUGA